GAGACUCUGCUGCACUAGAAUGGACACAUUUCUGAGCUGCUCUGAGCUGACCUCUUUAUGGUACUGGGAGGAGUUUCCUCAUGAAACCCACGUUACAGCUGCUGCAGAAUUCAAUGGUGCUUAGGAGCCUCCAAAAUUCACUACAAACCGAGAGUUCAAAUUCAGAUCAUGAUUUUAGAAGGAACUGGCAGAAUGAGUCUUAAUUCCGUCACAAGUCUUCUACAUGAACAGCCAUCCUGGACAGAUGGAUAUCCCACAUGUAAUGCACCAGGUAAUUUUUUUGGAACUCAAUGGCAUGAAAUACAUCCUCAGUACUGGACAAAGUACCAAGUCUGGGAAUGGCUCCAGCAUCUCUUGGACACCAACCAGUUGGAUGCCACCUGUAUUCCUUUCCAGGAGUUUGAUAUCAGUGGGGAACAUCUGUGCAACAUGAAUUUGCAGGAUUUCACCCGGGCAGCUGGCACAGCUGGACAGCUUCUUUACAACAAUCUUCAUCAUCUUAAAUGGAAUGGUCAGUGUGGAAGUGAAAUGUACCCAACAAACAAUGUCAUUGUUAAAACAGAACAAACAGAUCCAUCUGUCAUGGCAUCAUGGAAAGAAGAGAAUUAUUUCUAUGAUAGUGGAUAUGGUGGCACAGUAGAAUUACUCGACAGCAAAGCCUAUUGUCGAGCACAGAUUUCAAUCAACACUACUGGUCACCAGCACGAUGAAGGUUCUUCAGACAUGAAAAAACCACAAGACGCCCCUCCGAAAUCACACAAUAAGAAGCACACUCCUCGAGGGACUCAUUUGUGGGAGUUUAUUCGAGACAUUCUCCUACAUCCAGAGAAGAAUCCAGGGUUGAUAAAAUGGGAGGACCGGACUGAAGGUGUCUUUAGAUUUUUAAAAUCUGAGGCAGUGGCUCAACUGUGGGGAAAGAAGAAGAAUAAUAGCAGCAUGACUUAUGAGAAACUCAGUCGUGCUAUGAGAUACUAUUACAAACGAGAAAUUCUUGAGCGUGUAGAUGGUCGGAGAUUGGUAUAUAAAUUUGGAAAGAAUGCUCGUGGUUGGAGAGCAAAUGAGAACUAAAGACUACUAUACAAAACUUCACUGUCAGGAACUCCUAGUGGAUGUAAAUAUUUCAAAGACAAUUUUCUUUUAUUUAUGUACAAAAAUUGGAGGGAACAGGCAUAAAUUUACUUCUAAUGGGAAGAAGGAAAACUAUAGUUUAUUGAUGUUAAAAUUAUUUUAUUUGAAGUAUGUCCUUCUGUGGGGAAAAACGUACACAGUUUUCUGUGACCUAUGAGAGUGCUGUAUGAUUGUGUUUAGGGAUAUGUAUGCCUUUCGUGUGAAGACUUUUGAAAUACUGUAUAUAUUCCAGGAGAAAUGUGAUUUACAAUAAUGCUGUGAGAGAUGCAUGUAAUGGGAGGAAAUCACAGGGCAUUACUUUUUUUACUCAGGAGCCUGAAAACAAGGUGUAUUGCUUUCUGCAUAUGAGAAAAAUGAGAAUUUGUCUCUUAUCUCUGUGCCAAGGCUGUGUGAGGAGAUUUGCCAGCUAAAAUUAUAUUAAGUAAAUGUAAACCUGUGGACUAUGGCUUUAGUUUGCCACUUACUGUUGUGCCCUUC